AUGUCGAAGCUCUCGCCCACUCUCAAGCAACUCAUCAACGCACCGUUCGCAAAGCCAGGCGCUCUGCCGGCUCCUCAGGGCAUCAAGGCCUUCUACCAAAACUUGGCCAAGGAUGCUGCGGCUAGAGGUGUCGGUGUGCCUGCUUGGUUGUCAAUGGCUACUGCGACGACCAUGACGAUGAACUCUCCCGACUCGCUGGCCGAGCUCUACCGAGCAGCUUCUCCCGAACACGAUGCAGUAGCAACAGCAGAAUUGAUGAGAGAAGUCGGAUUAAAGUGUAUCGGUUUCAAUGGUGUCCCACGUACAAUCAACAUGCUCAACGCCUUCCGUGCCUCCCUGCCCGAAAACAUCGUCUCGUCCCUCUCCACAGAGCCCACCCGCAUCCCUUCUCCCCAAAACAUAACAGACAUGUCCGCCCGCGGCCAACAACUCUGGAAAUCAAUCUACGACCCCUUUGACAAGAAACUCUAUUCCAAACUCGCAGACUCUCACCCUGACCUGCCAGUCCAUAUCCUGCAUUCUGAAUACGGUGCUCUGUUUGCGGAUCCGCAGGAAAAGGUGCAGGGUAAGGUGGGGAGAGUGUUGACUAGUGUUGUGGCUGUUAGUUGUUUGAGGACGCAGACGGGUGUUGGGCCGCAGGUUUUGAGUCAUGUGUUUGGGUUGCGCAAGGCGUUCAAGGAUGGGAGUGCUGAGACUGAUGUUGAGGGUGGUGAGUGGUUGGCUGGUGAUGAGGGAAGUGUAUGGUUGUUGGAAAGUGUGGACAAGAUUGUAGAGGCUUUGAGUGGUGGUAAGGGCUCUUCUUACGCGCCGGGUUCUUCUCCUAUCAAGGCAAAGCUUUAG